CGGAAUAUUAGCAACGUGCCAUUUCAAACAUUGGAUUAUACAGCACAACGGUGAACAUAAGCGAUGCUUCCGUUAAACAUAAAAUGUAUUUUAAGUUUCUUUAUCUAUAUCGGAAAGGCCGAUGCCACAAACGUUGCUCUUGGAAAACCAGCGUUCCAAACAGAUACCUGCAGAGCAGGUGGUCCUGCAAACAACGCUAAUGACGGAGAUUUACGACAGGAUUUUCUUGAGGGUUCCUGUUCAUGUACGUUGAGUUACGAAAGCAGUUGGUGGGUUGACUUGGGACAAAUCUAUGCCAUCUCUAGCGUGAAGAUCUAUAAUAGGAUGGAUUGCUGUUCCGACCGAUUGCGUAACGUUGAAAUCCACGCUGGGUACGAACAAUACAGUUAUACAUCUCUGGUAGCUUCUCAUGCUGGGACGGUUGGCUCUACGAUAAACUUGACCCUUACUCCAUCAGUGUAUGCUAGGUGGGUGGAGGUCACAAUAAAGCCACCGUUUGAACACCUGACUCUGUGUGAGGUUCAGGUGGAAGGCAGUCUCGAGCCAAUAAGUAAAAGGCAACGGUUUACGCAAUUCAUGCAGCAAACACCGCACGAUGAUCCGUUCCUGACUAUUGCAGACGUUCGUUCUCGUAUACACUGUGUGUUCUUAUGCCAUUCAAAUUUAUGUACCUUUGCACUCUAUGACAAUGAAACACACGCAUGCGCACUGUAUCAAACUGUUCGGCAUAGUUUUGAUUCUGAUGAAACUCGCAUUAUGUUCGUUUCUUCGCAUGUUUUGCAAUAUAUGAAGUGAUUUGGGUUUUCCGAGAAAAAGAACAAAAUCAAACGAAUGUAUUGUUAAAGGUUAAGAUAAAAAAAUACGAACCGGUUAUAUGCCUUUCUUGACUACAAGUCCAUCAUCUAAUAUCAUGCGAGUUCCUAUGCCAUUUACACAGACGCAUGCGAACUGUAACAAAAUUUUAGACAUUGUGAUUCAUUGUAAUGCAGACGAAAUCUUAAAGAAAAUUAUACGUUUCAUCGCAUGUACUUAGCACAUAAGAUAGGCAGUGUUUGAUAAGUUUGACUUGAAUAAUUAAAUUUCGGGUACUUUAUUGAUUUGUAAACUUUCAAAAGAUGCAGUUUAUAACCUAAUCGCAAGGAUAGUAUGCCUUAAGAAAUAUAGCUACUCGGUAGGGCAAAUUGUUCGCAUUUUUUAGACAAAUAUAGGAUACUAAUGUUAAAAAUAUGACGAAAUAAACUAUUUUUAUUUGUAGUAUGGUCUGAUAUUACAGACUUAGCAUUAAUAUAAAUAAAAGAGUAUUUGAAAUAAUAAAGUGUUAGUAACAAAGUUAUUUUCCAAAUAGAAUUUCUAAAAUAUAACAUUACCACCAAAUGCUAAUAUGAGUCAUUGUCGCUAAAUAUAAUGUAGCUGAUUGAAAUAGUAACACUGCAAUUGAAUCUUUCACUUUAAGAAUGAAUAUCGUUAUUUCCACUCCCAAGGCAAUAAAAGGAUCACAAUUCAUUAUUCAACAUUGUUCAUAAUGUGUCGUAUGCUUUUCUAAAUUGAACAGGUGCUUGAAAUUAUGUGUCAAUCUCUGUAUUAAGUAAACAAAGGCAAAGGUGAAUACCAUUACUUUACAAGCAAACUUUUUAGACCCGAAUAUCGUGCCCUUAAAAUGACCUUGGAUAUAAAUCUUUGAUGACUCGGUUCAAAGUAAUACGUUCCGAAUGAAAGGUGUAAAAGUUGAAUUCUCAGAGAAUAACAAGAGCUCUACAAAACAGCAGAUUUUUUUUUCAAGUUAUUCGGAAUGAGGUUAACUGGUGGAACUAACCAAAUAUUUUCCUUUUUCCAAUGUACAGAGAAAGCAUCAACAGCUUCUGUAUCCCAGGUCCAAUAAAGGGAAUUGUAACGAGGCAUUUUUUAUUUGGAUCGUUAGCAAAACGAUCUACAUUAUGAGGUCCAACACUCAUUCAUGUAUUCAAAGAAUUCGUCAGUGACCACAUGGUCUUCAUAAUCAUCGACUAUUCUACUCAAUUCGUCACCAACUGUAUUAUAAUCUUGCUUAACCAAACGUUACUCUAAAGAAAAACGAUGGGAGGCACAAACAGCAAAUAUAUCCAAAGCCAUACAGUGUAAUUCCGACUUCUUAAUAAAAGAUAAUAUGAACAAAAUUUUGCUAUCAGUAUUCCACACUUCUUUUUUUCCCGCCAACAUUUUUCGGAAUAAUUGUACGGAAAAUUUAAUUGCCUGCACUUCUCCGUACGAAGAGCUUUUAUUCUGAAAAGUAUGUGACCAAGCUUUGUGGCCAAUCGCAGCACAACAUUAAUUAUAUGCAGUUCCAGCAGCUGCUGAAGCGUCCGAAAACACAAUGACUGUGGGUAUAUAGGCUUGAAAUAACUGUUUGUGUAAAUGAUUCCUAAAAACAUAUCGUGAAAAAUUGCUAUGACAAUCAACCAUACACAGCUGUUGAUCCAACCCGGAUCUUGACUAAUCACUCUGAAAAAUAUCUUGAUUUGUAACAUACAUACGUUUCCUAAAACUGGCGACAUAGAAAUAACUUUACCAGCUAGUAUGCCAACUUUCUAGGCGUAGUUACUGGGCAUUGGAUUAACAUUUGCGUAAUGAAAUUCCGAACGUUUUAAAUAGGCCGCUCUGGAAUUAGACGCCUGCCUUUCUUUAAAUCCCAAACAAAGCGUAACCUUUCUAGAGACUGAACGGGCUUAAAAUUGGACUUUUCCGUGUCCACUAACAAACCUGCUUUCUCUAAAGUACUAAAUACAAACUUUGAAUCUAUACAGGUUAAUUUGAAAUAAGCGUUUAUGCACCAAUCAUCAUCUAAAAACAAAACUAUUCUUAAGCAAUUGCUUCGCCAGUGUUUAAUCAAAGGCCGCUAUCAUUUAGAAAAAAGAAAUGGGGCAUAAGAGAGACCAAAUAGUAAUACCGAAAAGACGUAGUGUAUGAGCUUUCCAUUAAAUUGCCAUGAAAACCCAAAGUAAGUGUGAUGAAUGCCUUUUAUUAAAAAGUGAUGGUAGCCUUUAGUAAGAUAAAACUUUUAAACGUGAUAUCAUUCGGAAUUAAAUAUUCCUUUGCAACAUUGAAUUCCUCAAACUUAGACUUUUCUUUCUUUCUUGUCGCUUUUCCCCCGAGGAUUGAUUUGUAGCUACGGACAAUGGACUAACGUUGAGUCUUAUAAACAGAUCUUCAUAAACGCAUAGUUUCUGAUCUAACGACAAAAGGGCAGAUUCUACAAAUUAUUUGUGUUUUUUUCAGAGCGGAACUGAUAUUUUUCAUAACAAAAGGUUGAAGUACGUUAAUAACUGGUAUUAAUUUACGUAAUCGUGUUCGAUAACGAAAAACUCAUUCUUAUUAGCUAGUAUGUUUCCAGAAAUGUGCACAGUGUUUCAAUCUUCAUUUAACCAAAUGAUCAGACAAUGAAAUAUAUGUUUCGACAUUCACACACAAUUUGAGAGCAUCAGUGCCUAGAAAACCAUAAAAACAGUUUGUUAAAGUGAAUACAGAAAUAAAACAAAACCAUUUUAAAACGAGUAGCAUUCAUAAUGCAGUUCUUUAUUUUUGAAUUGGCACCAGUCAAUUGUAACAACGACCCCAACCCCAUGGUCCGGGAAAUAGCAGGGACUUUGACUUACGGUCCAGCAGAUCACAGGUAAAAUCCCCGCCAAAUGCCCCCGCACCCCUGUGGGUUUUCUAGGUAAGGCCCAUUUCCCGCUAUUUUCGGUGCGAAACCAGAAUCACUUCAUUUAAUCCGCUGCGGGGCCACCUGGGAGUGAAAACACGGCCCAUUUCCCCCACUAUUCCCGAUAUUCCGCCGGACCUGUGGGACCGUGGCUACAAUUGUCUGGGGCAUAAGUGGGAUCGCUGCACCUAUAUCUUUAAUCAUUUUUGAAUAGAAAACCUUUCAGAAAUGAGAGGAAUUAAAAAAAUGCAAUAUCAUAUUAUUCCGUACACAUUUCGACGUGCUACAUUUGUAUAUGUAAUCUAAGUAAUUAACGCUCGAUUCUCAGAAAGGCUUUCUAUAUGAUUUGUAAUAAGUUUUUUAUGCCCUCAACAACUUUUACAAGCAGACGACAAAACCGUUAUCUGUUAUUAGGGGAUGCUGCAUAUUUUAUAGGCACUCGUGCAUUUUAUUUGUGUCCAUUUAUUUGCAUUACUUAUGUUUAAGGGACUAGACACCAGAUGGUCCCAGAAUCGGCAAAUACAGAUUUUCUUGCAAACAAAUAUAGAAAUUUCAAUACGAGCUAGUAUGAGGCCGAUAAAACUUUACUUUACAGGAUUUAGAGAAUAUUGCUUCACUGUCUCAGCUACGUUAACUGUUUCAAAUAGCGCAAAACUGUCAAAGUUACAUGAAUCGUUAGUAAUGUGAUACAUCUGUUGGUAAGAUUUAAUGCCUUGUGUACAUCGAUAUCAAUUUAAUGUCAGGUUUUUUUUGCAUCACCUGGUGUCUAUUCCCUUUAAUGGACUUCGUUGUUUGAAACUAUAAACAUAUUAACCUUUAUUUAUUUUUUUAAUGACAUAAGACUUUAUGUGAGAAAAUGUAACAAUGCGCUCAAUUGAAAAAGGAAAAUUCUUUAUGUUCAAGAGAUAAUUGAUUUUGGUUUUUUAGAUUGUUUGUGGUCAGGAAACACUAAAACAAACGGUAUUGUUAACACAGGUGUCAUGUAAAUUUGGCAGUUUCGAAACCUGUUUUGAAAAUGUUCUUUAAGUAACAAAUGCAUGGUUAUAAGUAAUAUUAACCCAAACAUUUAAUCUAAUAACUUAUAUACUAAACAAUAUGAUUUAGUCUUUAAAGUCAUAUAUUUAUAGCGUUGUUGUCAGUUCCAUGUAUGUUUAGAAGCGUUUUUAUUAGUUAACAUUAUUUAAAAAUAACAUUUUCAUUAGUUUACAUGUAUGAUGAAUAGCGUUUUCAUUAGUUUACAUGUAUGGUUAGUAGCGUUUUCAUUUGCUUACAUGAUAUAGAAAUAACGUUUCCAUUAGUUUACAUGUAUAGUAAACAGCGUUUUCAUUAGUAUGACUGUAUUAAUUCAUGAUGUUCUCAUUAGUUUAAUUAUAUGGUAAAUGGCGUUUUUACUAGUUUUUAUGUACGGUAAAUGACAUUUUGAUUAAGAGAUGAAAUCUUGCGUUUUUAUCAAUUUAAUUGUACGGUUAAUAGCGUUUAAUUAUUUAACAUAUAGUGUUUAUCGUAUAAAAAUCAGUAAACAUUUUUGGUACAUAACGGCAUGUUAUUUUCACUGCAGUGAAAAUAUCAUACAACUGUUAUUUUGAGGAAAGAAUAUGAAGUUACACCGAAAAAUAUGAAAGAGUGGUUUUAAAUCAUUGUGAUUUUGUGUUUAAUUGCAUCUGUUAUGCUUGAAUCACAUGUAUAUGUUUAUGAAAAUACAAAAAAAAA